GCAAUACACAGGAAGAAGGAAGUGAGGUCUGAGGUGGUGGUCUGGAGUCGAGACACACUUAACGCAUUAAAAGUGUACUGAAAGAAAUAUAGGCAACACAACACAACACAUGAAUACAGCCAACCUGUUGAUGAAAAAGACAGAAAGGGAGUGACUGAGGAGUGAGAAUGGCAAAGAAUAAAGGUGAAGCACGGAAGUUUGACCCUACCUUCAAAGGACCCAUCCACAACAGGGGCUGCACAGAUGUGUUCUGCUGUAUUCUCUUCAUCUUGGCCAUACUGGGAUACUUUGCUGUGGGGAUCCUGGCCUGGUCUCAGGGGGACCCCAGGAAGGUUAUCUACCCGACUGACAGCAGAGGACAGUUCUGUGGCCAGGCCGGGACCCCCCUGGAGAAGAAACCUCUCCUGUUCUACUUCAACAUCCUGAAGUGUGCCAGUCCCCUGACCCUGCUGGAGUUCCAGUGCCCCACCACUCAGUUAUGUGUGGAAAGCUGUCCUACCAAACACAUGACGUUGCUGAAAGCCUACCUGAACAAAGGAGAGCAGGAGUACUACAAGCAGUUCUGCAAGGAAGGAGUGGACUUCUCCAAAAUGAGUGCUCCCGAGAUCCUGAGGGAUGGCCUGUGUCCUUCCAUGCUCAUGUCCAGCAAACCAUUCACUCGUCGGUGCCUUCCAGCUCUCAGUACCAUGAAAGGUGGUGUGGUUGUCGUUGGCAACGAGACUAUUUUUGACAACGGGGAGGGAGAGAAGGUGAACGCCACUGAUUUUCUGGACGCUUCAAAGAAGUCCAAUGUGGUUGUUGAGGCUCGCCAGGUAGCCAUGAGGAUCUUUGAGGACUACACUGUGUCCUGGUACUGGAUACUGAUUGGUCUGGUGAUAGCCAUGGUGGUCAGUCUCAUCUUCAUCGUCCUCCUGCGCUACCUGGCCGGGAUCAUGAUCUGGGUCAUGAUCGUCAUGGUGAUACUGGUCAUCGGAUAUGGGAUCUUCCAUUGUGCCAUGGAGUACCACAGCCUGAAGGGAGAGCCGGGUUCUGACGUCACUAUCCGUGAUCUGGGACUGCAGACAGACUUCUCUGUUUACCUGCAGAUCAGACAGACCUGGCUGGCUUUCAUGAUCAUCCUGUCCAUCGUGGAGGUGGUUGUCAUCCUGCUGCUCAUCUUCCUCAGGAAGAGAGUCCUCAUCGCCAUCGCCCUCAUCAAGGAGGCCAGCAGGGCUGUUGGCCAUGUGAUGUCAUCACUGUUCUACCCUCUGUUGACCUUUGCCCUGCUGGCCCUGGUCAUAGCCUACUGGGCCAUCACCGCUGUCUUCCUGUCCACCUCCAAUGAGCAGGUGUACAAAGUGUUCAACACCACUGAGUGUAAUUACUCCAGAGACACCUGCAAUCCCGAGACGUUCAACACCACCAACAUCACAGCCCGGUGUCCGGACGCCGAGUGCCUGUUUGCCUUCUACGGAGGCGAGACCUACUACCAUAAAUACCUCAUCCUGUUCCAGUUCUACAACGUGUUCCUCUUCUUCUGGUGUGCUAACUUUGUGACUGCGCUGGGUCAGGUGACCCUGGCUGGGGCCUUCGCAUCCUACUACUGGGCCUUCAAGAAGCCCGACGACAUCCCAGCCAACCCCAUCUGCUCCUCACUUGGUCGAGCCCUCAGAUACCAUACAGGCUCCCUUGCCUUCGGUUCCCUCAUCCUGUCUCUGGUUCAGGUCAUCAGGGUUCUGCUGGAGUACCUGGACCAGAAGCUGAAAGCUGCCCAGAAUCGCUUUGCCAAGUUCCUGCUCAGCUGCCUGAAGUGCUGCUUCUGGUGCCUGGAGAAAUUCAUCAAGUUCCUCAACAGAAACGCCUACAUCAUGGUGGCAAUAUAUGGUAAAAGCUUCUGUACCUCAGCCAGAGAUGCCUUCUUCCUCCUCAUGAGAAAUAUAAUCAGGGUGGCUGUCUUGGACAAGGUGACUGACUUCCUAUUGUUUUUGGGGAAGCUCCUCAUCGUUGGAAUUGUGGGAAUCUGUUCUUUCUUCUUCUUCUCUGGGAGGAUUAAGGCUGUGGAGCAGACUGCCCCCUCUCUCAACUACUACUGGGUUCCCAUUCUGACGGUGGUGGUGGGAUCCUACCUGAUUGCCCAUGGAUUCUUCAGUGUGUACGCUAUGUGUGUGGACACACUCUUCCUCUGCUUCUUGGAAGACCUGGAACGCAAUGACGGAACUGCAGAGAGACCCUACUUCAUGUCUCAGAACCUUCUCACCAUUCUGAAGAAGUCCAACGAGGAUCAGGCCAAGACUGUAGACUAGCUGUUGGUGUGUGCGUGCGUUACGUGUGAGGAGAACAGAGAAAGAUGCGGUCAAGCCGCCUUGCCUGCGCAGUGUGCUGUGUGUGUCGAAUGUGCCUUAAGAUCACAAUACUGUAUGGCUACAGAAGGAUGCCAUCGUCACAAACGGAGAGGUCUGAAUGAGUAGCCAACAUAUUCCGUUGUGUUUCCCACAGAAGGUGUCUAUGACAGAGCUUAUAAUAUUUGUUUUUUUAAAGAUGUAAAUCUGUUCUUGUUUUAUUAUCAUUUUUGUUGUUGCUUUUUGCUCUGCCUUUUGUUUGGCUAGGCCGUUUUACUUUGGCUAGGCCAUUUUACUUUGGCUAGGCUGUUUUACUUUGGCUAGGCCGUUUUACUUUGGCUAGGCCAUUUUACUUUGGCUAGGCUGUUUGACUUUGGCUAGGCCAUUUUACUUUGGCUAGGCUGUUUUACUUUGGCUAGGCCGUUUUACUUUGGCUAGGCCAUUUUACUUUGGCUAGGCCGUUUUACUUUGGCUAGGCCGUUUUACUUUGGCUAGGCCGUUUUACUUUGGCUAGGCUGUUUUACUUUGGCUAGGCUGUUUUACUUUGGCUAGGCCGUUUUACUUUGGCUAGGCCGUUUUACUUUGGCUAGGCCGUUUUACUUUGGCUAGGCCGUUUUACUUUGGCAAGGCCGUUUUACUUUGGCUAGGCCGUUUUACUUUGGCUAGGCCGUUUUACUUUGGCUAGGCCGUUUUACUUUGGCUAGUCCGUUUUACUUUGGCUAGUCUGUUUUACUUUGGCUAGGCCGUAUUACUUUGGCUAGGCCGUAUUACUUUGGCUAGGCCGUAUUACUUUGGCUAGGCCGUUUUACUUUGGCAAGGCCGUUUUACUUUGGCUAGGCCGUUUUACUUUGGCUAGGCCGUUUUACUUUGGCUAGGCCGUUUUACUUUGGCUAGGCCGUUUUACUUUGGCUAGGCCGUUUUACUUUGGCUAGUCCGUUUUACUUUGGCUAGUCUGUUUUACUUUGGCUAGGCCGUAUUACUUUGGCUAGGCCGUAUUACUUUGGCUAGGCCGUAUUACUUUGGCUAGGCCGUUUUACUUUGGCUAGGCCGUUUUAUUUUGGCUAGACCGUUUUACUUUCUGCAGUCCUCUUGAAACUCUCUUUGAACAUACAAAACUUUGUUACCUUUUUGGGGUUUUGUGGCUGACUCUGUAUAAUGUGUUCAAUUUGAACACAUGUUUUACAUGAGAAUUCUCCAAGUUUUUGUCAGUUUUCUCAAAUGUAUAAUGAAUUACAUAGAUUUUCUCACAUUUCAUUUACAAAAAUGUUUUGCUUUAAAUGCUAAAUAAUUUUUGCAUCAGGUUUGUUAAUAAUAUUAUUUUUCACUAUUGCUGCUGUUGAUCUUUGUAUAAUGGCUGCAUAUUGCAGUGUAGAUUUACUGUAACUUACCAAAGUAAAGAAAACAUGUUCUAAUGCAGUAUUAGUUUUGGGACUGAAGAUUUGUUAAGUAGUCCUUAGGCCAGUGAAAAAUGUAGUCCACUUUGGGGUGGUAAAGGUUUAAUAGUCUCAUCUUAUUCCCCCCAUUCCUAUGAACAAAUAGAUAUGAUGCCCACUCCAAAAGAGUAGCUUUCCAAGCUUGUCACACCUUUAUAUGUCUUGUUGUUUGGGAAUCUAUGCAAUAGAAUGUUUGCAGGCUGAUAAAUACAUUUUAAGGCAAGUUGGAAUGUUUACAUGCUCAUUGAAAAUGACUGUAUCAAACAACAAUAGAACAUUCCAUUGGGUGGAUCUCAUCGUAAAAACAUGGUAUUUGGUACAUUUUUGCCAUCUCUUCGAAAUUAUUGACCUAGACUGACUCAUCGUUGAAACAACACUGUUACAAAUGGCGGAACUAGAUAUUUCUAUACUUCCCAUUCUGUCUUGAUAUACCCCAAAAUGCAUACAUUUAUGACCUUUGACCCCUGAAAGAUUGGACCAUAGAGAUGUCAUUACCAUUCCAGUUUUUUCCUACCUUAAUAUGUUGUAUUAUGAAGUGAAUAACAAAGAAAAUUCCAUUUGUUUGAAAAGAUCCCUGAUAAUACAACAUUAUUUCAUACCAUCAAUCCUGUGGCACCAACUAACCACAUAGAGGUCAAAACAUAAAAUGCACACAUUUACCUACCUCAGAAUCAUGGGUAUCAUACCAACAUGUAACCUAAAUGAAAAUCCUCAUUAGACUUUGUCACCCCAAAGUAGACAAAUAUGUGAAAUUUGGCCUGCUGGCCCAUGGACUAUCUCCUUAACCUCAAAUGCAAGCUUUUGUAUAUUUCAUUUUCAAGAGAAGGAUUGUGUAAACGUGUGUUUUUGUAGCAGGAUGUGUUGUAAAUAAUAAAGUUUUUUUUUUACUGCUA